UGACGCGAGUUUGACGCUCCGUGCGGAAACCUGCGGCGCGCGCGUGGCAGCAGCGGACUGGAGGACAAGCGCGGCAUGUGAAUGAUCCGAUCCGACGCGCCGCUCACAUCGCGACACUGGAGUUUGAAUCCGACGGCCGCUCGACGCGUGUUUACCGAUGCUCGGCGCUGAAGUGGUCAUGUUGAGUGUUUGCGCUCUGCUGCUGCUGGCGGCUCUCGGCUCAGACUCGGACGCACAGAGACCCCAACACGACUCCAACCUGGAGAUCUAUAAGCAUCUGUUCCAGAGCAAGAGGAAGGAUCAGCUGAACGCACUGAAGAACCUGGUGGAGCUCAACGACAUCAACCAGCAGUACAAGAUCAUCGACAUCAUGCUGAAGGGCCUCUUUAAGGUGCUGGAGGACUCCAGAGCCGUUCUUAUAGCCGCUAACAUGCAGCCGGAUGAUCCGUUCCCACUCGACGACAAAAUUAAAGAAGCGUACUCUCACGUGGUGGAGAACACGGCGUUCUUCGGAGAUGUGGCUCUGCGUUUCCCGCGCAUCGUCCAUCACUACUACGAUCGUAACGCGGACUGGAGUCGUCUGCUGCGCUGGGGUCUACGCUUCUGCAACCAGACGGGCGUCUUCAGUGGAGGAGCCCAUCAACACGUGCUCAUGCUGAUGUCACAGGAGCUGGGAAUCACAGGGAAAUCUUUAGACUUCGUCAAUCCGUAUCGCACCGAACGAGACGACGUGCUGCACACGGCCGAGGCCUUCCAGAAGAUUCUCCGCGAGGAAGAGAAGAGGAGGAGGAGGAAGGAGGAGAAGAGGAAAGAGAUCCGGAAAGGGCCGCGGAUCUCUCGCUCUCGCACCGAGUUAUAGAUCUUACUGAAGAUCAACCGUUUACACUCAAUCAGGGAGCCCUGCUGAAUCUGCCACGGGCCUCGACAACGUUUACAGGUUUCAGAACGAGACUGAUUCGCAACACUUGAAUCUGUUUUUAACUCUGUCUGAUUUAGGAGGAUCUUCAUUAGAUUCACUGCUGGUGAUGUGAGUGUGUGUUUAGUGCUAUUGGGUUAAGGGGAGGAGUCAGGGUGGUGGGAGGAGUCUAUGGGGCGAGGUCACUAUAGCGUUUACUGUAGAGUGGGUGGAGUCAGAUUAAUGGGAGAGUUCAAAGUAGUGGGUGUGGUCAAAGUGGGUCUGUGUCUUAGAUGAAGGUAUUUUGAACACUGAUAUUUCGAUAUUUAACACACUUGUUAAGUUUUGAUAAUAUAAAAUAAAAAAUCGAAGUUCUCACAUAUGAAAUUCAGUUGUUUAAAUUCAAUAUAAAUGUUUUAUUUGGGGGUACUUUAUAGUCUAAUAAGAGAAUUGUGGGUAAUCAAUGUCUUUCUGCUUUCUUUAGAAAAUAUUAUUCAUAAAAAAUUGUAUAUUGUGUGUGUGCGUGAAGGAGAGACAGAUGAACUGAGAUCAGAGCUGUACAGCCGUGAGAGAAAGUCUUUAAUGAUGAAUCUGAAUCAAGCUGAUAUCAGUGUGAAUGCGUUUCUGAUUCGCUUCGUUUUCUCCAGCUGCUGAAGUAAGACGAUCAUCUGAAACAGCUUCAGUCUGAGACACUUUCAUAGAGGCUUUAUCAAUCUGUUCAUGUGACUGUUAUUGAAAUCUGUACAGCAUAUGUGGGAGAUUAUUAUCGACAGAAUGAAUAAAGUUUAUUCAACAAACUCUG